CAUCCCAUACUGUACGCAUUCCCAACGACCAUUUUGUCCCAUUCUUCACCCCAUCAUCCAUCUCGUCCAGCAGCGUCACACUCCUUACGUCUGGCUGUUUCCUUUCUUACACUCCUUUUCUCCUUUUGCGCCUCGGUCUGUCCUUGCCUUGUCACUGCGCUCGUCGUCCGUCAAUCCGUCAUCCAUCCUCCCUACAUCGAUUCCUCGUACUACCACACCACACCACACCACGGCACAGCACCAUGCACCAGGUCUUGGGCCUGCAUCAUGGUCGCACGGUCGUCGCCUCCAUCGGCGCCUUGGUCUUCAUCCUUUUCGUGCUUGGCUUAGCCCACUACCAAAGCUUCGAGUUCCCCGCCUUCCCUGGGCAGAACACCAUCAACCCCUACGCGCUCUCCAAGCCCAGGCCAGGGGAGCAGGCUGGCGCCGACGGGCUCACCGCCAGUGACAUUGUCAAGCUCCAGGCCUUCUACCUGGAACACAUUGUCAAGCCGUCCAUCAAGCCCACCGAUCCCGUCUACCGGCCGUCGGGCGCCUUUGAAUGGAAGCUCCCCAAGCACAUUGGCUGGCCGGAGCCCCUCGGCAAGGACCUCGUCAUCCUCGACAUGGACAGUCGCCCUCUCAACAAGACGGGCGAGAUCUUUGGCAACCAGACCCUCAGCUGGGAUAACACGACCGCCAUUCACGGACCGUCUCUCGGCAUUCUCCAGCACUGGCUCUAUGCCAAGAUCCAUGGAUAUAGGUACUACUACAUCCAGACGGGCACUUUCCCUGAUCGUCGCGACUCGUGGAAGAAACCCACCAUCAUCGGAAGAGUCACGUCCAAGUACAAGACCUCUGUGUUUGCCGACUCGGACGCCAUCUUCAACCACCUGGACCUGCCCUUUGAAUGGCUGCUCAACUACUGGGACAUCAGGAACGAGACGGACGCUCUGACCCUGGCGACUGACCCGAAAGCGAAGCACAAUCGUGACGAGAAGGGCAAGCUAUAUGCCAACACGGGCUUCAUCAUCACGCAAAACAUCCCCGUCACCUACGACAUAAUGAAGGACUGGUCCGAAUGUGCUGACGUGGGCGGCAAAUUCCCGAACUGCACCGACUACCGCGACAAGGCCGGCGGCCACCCCUCUGACCAGGGCGGAUUCGGUAACUACAUCCGCUAUGCGUACAACGAGAGUGUGAAGGAGCUCCCGUGCGCCGAGGCCAAUGGGUUCCCCGAAGACAGGUCUGAGUGCAAGGGCACCUUCAUCAAGCACUUGUGGACAGGCAAGAACACCCACCUCAAGGUCGCAAUUGGCAGCAUGAUCCCUGGCCGUUUCCUCCAAAUAUUUCACGACCAGAUGUUGAGUGAGAAGGAGACUUUCUACUUGACAGAGGACCAAAUCAUGCAGGAGAGCUGGACUGGCUGAGAGGAAGGGCCCCACGACGAACGUGCAACAGGCACAUAAUGAUGUGUUGAAUAUGAAAAAAUCAUCUUGUUAGACUGGGCCUUGGACUGCCUAUGGGUCUUUCCAGGUGUAAUGAUGGGAGUUUUCAUGCCACUGGUGGCUUUCAGGACUUGGGAUAUGAAUCCUCUGACACGUCACAGGAAGGCUUUGGGCGAGUCACCUAUUUUGUAACGAACUUGGUCUAUAUCCCUCUCUGUUAGCAUGUUAUCCAUUCUUCGUUUCUCAAUAG